AAAGCGCGGCGUGGUUGGUUUGUUUUGUUGGAAAGGCGGUCAAUUGGAAUCUUUUCCUAAUUCCCUUGUCAUGCUUGUAAUUCGAUAUGUUGAUAUACAUGUACUGAAAUCAUCAGACAUAAUAUCAGACUGGUACAGCAAAUGUUUUGUGCUUUUAGUCUGAAUUAUAUCGCCAUGUCCUGUUAGAGAUGGCUCAACAAUUAGAUGUCCAGGUUUACUUCACAGCUGAGGAAUGGGCAAAGAUCAGCGAUUAUGAGAAGAUCUGUAUCAAGAACAUCAAAGAAAACUAUGAGAUGAUGCUAAAAGUUGGAUUGGAUGUCAGUCCACCAAUGUUCAUGCGACGACAUCAACAUGAAAUUAAGAAAGAGAUCAUAGAAGAAAAUGAUGGCAAGAAUGGGGACGACAAAUCACAAGGAUCUGCCGAUGUUCAUAAUCAUCAGGGAAUACCAGGUCAUAUAGAGAAGAUUGAGCUUCAUGAGGAGAAUAUGAAUACUUACACGAUAAAAGUAGAGACUGAGUAUGAUGAUGAUGGCACUCCGCUUCAUGAGGCUUAUUACACUGCAGGAGAACAAAUCAAUGAUCUCAUUGAAUGGAGUAACUAUGAUGGAGCUCCCCAGACACAGACCAAGCCAACAUCGUCAGGUGAUCAGGGUAAUCAGUCAGGUGAUCUCAACAGUCAGUCAUGUGAUCAGAAGACUGAAGGCACUCAUACAAGAAGUAAAAGACAAGCUGGUGGAAAGGCUAAAUCUUUCCCAGAACCAGAUUCUGGAAUCUAUAGAUGCGAGCACUGUGAAUCGCCCUAUGCUAUUCCUCUCAUCUUGGCAAGACAUCUCAAGUACAAGCAUGGUGUACAAGGUAUAUUCCUGCCUUCAUUUGCAUCAAAGAAAGAUGUUCUACAGUUUUUCAAUGGAGACAUACAAGGUCCGACCUGCAACACAAAUAGAUAUCUACCUCAUAGUCAUGAAAUUACAGAAUCAGAAAGAAACGGAGAAAAUACGAGAGAGGAAUCAUGCGGUAAGAUAGAAAGGUGCCAUGCACACGAUAACAGUGAUAAGGCAUUUGUUUGCGAACAAAGUGUUACAGCACAUAAACGUAUCCACACUGAUGAGAAACCCUAUGCAUGUGAUCAGUGUAGUAAAGUUUUUCGUUGUAAACAGGAUCUCAAAAGACAUAAACAGAUUCAUACAGGUAAAAAGCCCUACGUGUGUGAUCAGUGUGGUAAGGCGUUUAAUCGAAAUCAAGUUCUUAAAAGACAUAAACUAAUCCAUACAGGUGAGAAGCCAUAUGCUUGUGAUCAAUGUGGUAAGGGCUUUAUUCGAAAAGACAGACUUAUAUCACAUAUACUAACCCACACAGGUGAGUUACCUUUUGUAUGUGAUACAUGUGGUAAAGCAUUUCAUAGUGGUGAUUGUUUAAGAAGCCAUAAAUUGAUCCAUACGGGUGAAAAGCCAUAUGUAUGUGAUCAAUGUAAUAAAGCUUUUUUUUAUAAACGGGAUCUCAGAACACAUAAACGAAUCCAUACAGGUGAGAAACCCUUUGUAUGUGAUCAUUGUAAUAUGGCAUUUAGAUAUUUAGGCAGUCUUAGAAGACAUAAACAGAUUCAUACAGGUAAAAAGCCCUUUGUAUGUGAUCAAUGUGGAAAAGCAUUUAAUCGAGGAGAAAAUCUCAGAAAACAUAAACGAAUCCAUACAGGUGAAAAGCCCUUUGCAUGUGAUCAGUGUGGUAAGGCCUUUAAUGAUAAUGGUGAUCUAAAAAAACAUAAACUAAUCCACACGGGUGAAAAGCCGUAUGUAUGUGAUCAUUGUGAUAAGGCCUUUGUUAGCAAACAAAGUUUUACAGCUCAUAAAUUUAUCCACACUGGUGAGAAACCCUAUGCAUGUGAUCAAUGUAGUAAAGCUUUUCGUUGUAAACGGGAUCUCAAAAGACAUAAACGAAUCCAUACAGGUGAAAAGCCGUAUACUUGUGAUCAAUGUGGUAAGGGCUUUAUUCGAAAAGAAAGACUUAAAACACAUAAACUAACCCACACAGGUGAGUUACCUUUUGUAUGUAAUACUUGUGGUAAAGCAUUUCGUAGCGGUGAUGGUUUAAGAAGCCAUAAUUGUUCCAUGCAGGUGAAAAGCCGUAUGUAUGUGAUCUAUGUAGUAAAACUUUUUGUGGGAAACGGGAUCUCCAAAGACAUAAACAAAUCCAUACAGGCGAGAAGCCGUAUGUAUGUGAUCAGUGUGGUAAAGCUUUUGUCCAUGAAUGUAGCCUUAGAGCACAUGAACUUAUCCACACUGAUGAGAGACCUUUUGUAUGUGAUCAGUGUGGCAAGGCCUUUAAUCAACAUCAAGCUCUCAAAAGACAUAAACUCAUCCAUACAGGUGAAAAGCUGUAUGCUUGUGAUCAAUGUGGUAAGGGCUUUAUUCGUAAAGAAAGUCUUAAAACACAUAUACUAACCCACACAGGUGAGUUACCUUUUGUAUGUAAUACUUGUGGUAAAGCAUUUCAUAGCAGUGCUGGUUUAAGAAGCCAUAAACAGAUCCAUACAAGUGAAAAGCCGUAUGUAUGUGAUCAAUGUGGUAAGGGCUUCAUUCGAAAAGAAGGUCU